AACCGCCAUUAAUGUACGUAGCUACUAUUACGUCACACGUAAGGUCAAGAGGAAAGAAGCAUGGCCGCAAUGUUGAGAGGGUCUUGGUCCCUAGUUGGAAGGAGUUGCAAACAUGUUGACUUUGCAUUCGUCUCCACCAGGUCUAUGGCCUCGAAGACACCAGUGGGGUUUGUUGGUCUGGGCAAUAUGGGAAACCCAAUGGCAAAGAACUUGCUGAAGCACGGAUACCCAGUCAUUGCUACUGAUGUGUUCCCGGAGUCAUGUAAGGAAGUGCAAGAGCUGGGCGCUCAGAUUGUGGAUAAUCCUGCUGAUGUAGCAGACAAGGCUGACCGCAUUAUUACCAUGCUCCCCUCUAGUCCCAAUGUCAUAGAUGUGUACACUGGACUCAAUGGCAUCCUCAAAAAGGUGAAGAAAGGCUCCCUACUCAUUGACUCAAGCACCAUCGACCCAGCGGUUUCAAAAGAGAUGGCUGCUGCUGCUGAGAAGACGGGGGCAGUUUUUAUGGAUGCACCUGUAUCAGGAGGUGUGGGUGCUGCCAGUUCGGGUAAACUGACUUUUAUGGUUGGAGGAGCAGAGGAGGAAUUUACUGCAGCCAAAGAACUGCUCACCUGCAUGGGAGCUAAUGUGGUGUACUGCGGUCAGGUUGGAACUGGACAGGCUGCUAAAAUUUGUAACAAUAUGCUUCUAGCCAUUGGAAUGAUUGGGACAUCAGAGACGAUGAAUUUGGGAGUCAGACUUGGUCUUGAUCCUAAACUGUUGGCCCAGAUCCUGAACAUGAGUUCAGGUCGGUGCUGGUCCAGUGACACCUACAACCCUGUCCCUGGAGUCAUGGAGGGCGUCCCCUCUGGGAAUAACUACCAGGGAGGCUUCGGCACCCAGCUGAUGGCUAAGGAUCUAGGCUUAGCGCAGAACACCGCCACCAACACAAAGACUCCUGUCCCUCUCGGCUCCUUAGCCCAUCAGAUCUACCGAAUAAUGUGCGCACGCGGUUAUGCCAAUAAAGAUUUCUCCUCAGUGUUCCAGUUCCUGCGUGAGGAGGAGGGCCAGUAAUGUCAGCCUCCACCCUGUCCACAGCCUGGCCUGGCCCUGCACAGGACUAACAGCGUAGUUGGGGCGCCCCAAGGACUUUCUAUUUCAAAGUUGUGAAAGACAUGAAGCCAAGAGAGCUCCCGCACUGCGUGACCGAUUAUGUCAGCACUUGUCUCCAAUUGGAAAUCUUGUUUUCUGUGUGUUUUAGCCUUUUUAUUACACAACACUCCUUUCAGUUUUAGAAGCAAGUAAUAUGUGAUAUACAGAGGACCCAAAAGAUAGUAGACUGUCAAGCAGUGGCAGCUCUGCAGAUCUUAUAAUGCAAAGAGUCCUGUGGGAAUCUGUGGUGUUGAAAAGACAACGCAUUAGCUCUUGUUUGUCAACACUAAAUGGCUGCAAACACGGUUUAGUCUCCACAUAUUUAUCUAUUGUUUGUCACCAUUUCUUUAUGUUGCCGUUUUUUUCUGUUCAUGGGGGUUACUGCUCUUGACAUUGGAAAUGUUAUAGGAUAAGAGUGUAACAUCAUACAUAUCCUGUUAGUAAAUAAAGACAAAUUGUGAUGUCUUAAA